GAAUUCUUUUACGUUGAAAAAAAAUUAUAUAAAUAGACCACAUUUUCAAGGCUCGAAAAAAUUCGGUCUCAUUGUCAUUUCUUCCCAUUUUAACUAGAAAACACGUAGGUAGAAAUCAUGUACAAGCUGCAACCAUUAUUUAAGUCAGUAGGAGAAACCCCGCAUCCUAGCUGUGUGUACAAAAUGAAGAAAAUCAGUGACCAUUUCAAUAAUAAAGUAACUGAUGGAACGGACUGUAACACAGAGGAUAACGCAACAUCAAACAACUGUGAGGUGGAACAGCUGGAAAAACGUUGGACAGAAAUCACAUCUAGACUUCAAAGACUUCAAUCUGAACUUGCUGCGAUAAAAACUGGCUCUUCGUCUGGCUUGUCAUCCUUUAUUGAUGCAGGGCCUGCUCCACCACUGACUGUCAAGGCACUGGCAGUCCAACAGGAUUUGCUGGUCCUUCGUAUUUCUUCCCUCAUGACUUCACUCUUUGAGCUCAAGUCAAGGCUGGCGGUGAUGGAUGACCCUCAGAGUGUUUCCAGUACCACUGUUCUGCAACUGCAGCAAAGGUCCCUUUUGGAACGUAUAAGAGAACUCAAUGAAGAAAUAAGAAGCAUUAGUUCUGCGUUGAACAGUAGUAACAUUCAAGGCCAAGUACCUAGCACUUCACAAUGCUUAGCUGGGCAGAUAGAUGUUGUAGGACCAGGGGAACGAAGUUUUCAAGAUUUGGUUAUACAUGCCAGCCCCUCUAAUCCUCCGCAUUCACUGCCAUUAUUGAGGGAACGCAUGGAAAAGCUCGGUGUGUCAGUGUACGCAAGAACGCACGUCCAUUCUGCAGUUGCCGGAAACAAGUUGUUGAACGAUACUCUCAAAUCCUUCAUCAGUUCUGAUUCACGACUGGAACGGUCUCAAGCUCGCAUGGCCAUUACACUUAUCUGGAUUAAAGCAGGCGAUGGUGAAGAACCGUCCCUGAUAGUCUCACCAUCAUCUCAGGCUGCAGCUAUCAACGGAGAAGCCAAUAUCGUCCGAUAUUUGGCUAGAUAUGUGCCUGGAUUAUUGGAUUACGAAGAUCAACCAUUAAAGGCUACCCAAAUUGAUCAGUUCCUUGACUUGACCGAAAGCACCGCACCUCUCGGAUGCCGGGGAUCGAAACGUGAUCGAGCAGCCACUUUGCAAUCACUGGACAAUACUCUAUCCAGCCGAAAAUCACUGGAGGAAAGUAGCAACGAGGUCGGACUCGUAGACUUUGUAGUCUAUUCAGCUUUAGUGAAUUCCUGCACAGAAAAAGACAUUGGCAAAAACAUCCGCGCCUGGAUGGAUCGCUGCCGAUCGACUGUCAAGCAGGCGACCGCACCGUCAAACAGCAAGCGCAGUAUUCUGGAGAAUUAUCUAACGGAGCUUGGCAUCGCAUUUCGGACCCUGGAGCAUCCGGCCGUCUUCACUGUGGCAGCUAUGAUGGAGCAUAUCUCGCAUUUAGCUGGCUUUCACGCUAAAAACCUGUUGGUGAAGGACAAGAAAACGGGCAAGCUCUACCUGAUCACGGCCCGUCACGACGCUGCUAUCCAGCUGAGCCAAGUUUCCAAAAUGAUUGGAGCCAAAGAGCUGCGAUUUGCUGACGUCGAGACGCUCGAAGCUACCCUGGGUGUGCAGCAAGGAUCGGUGACGCCUUUCGCGCUAUUAAAUGACGCCCAACAACAACUCGUUACGUUCGUGCUAGACGGCCAGCUUUGGGAUGAGACGAACGGCAAGGAUUCUUAUUUGAACUUUCACCCACUGACCAACGAGGCCACGACCAGCAUCACCGUCGCUGGAUUUAAAACCUUUUUGAAGGCAACCGGACACGACCCGAUCAUCAUCCAAGUCUGAAUAUUGUUUCGAAAGGGGCACUCCUUGUAUUUGCCACCGCGGUGCUGAUGCCGUAGGACAACAAAA